ACAACCACCCUCAUCAACACUCAGGACUUUGUCUCCGCCGACAAUUGAUCCAAGUCAGUCCACUGUAUACCGGCGCUAGAUCUUUUCUCCGGUGCGAUCCAUAUUUUUUUUUUCGGCACGCUCUUAUCAUCGCCACAACACCUAAGCUAGCUGCCCCGCUAGCUCCCCCAAUUCCACCAUGAGAGGUGGUUCCGAGUUCGAGAAUCGGGUUCGACACAGCACCUCGAAGCCACCAAAGACCCCGACGGAAUCACCUGCUUCAAAACAAACAGUUGGCCCCGAUGCCGAUGCCCUGAGAGCGGCUUUAAGCGAUGCUGUAGCGACACCGGCACCUUCACCGAGCAGGAAGCGGCAGCGAGUAAUCUACGGUGACCGGUAUGAUGGCAUUUCUCCUUUGAUGACGAUAUUCUGGGUAAAUGAUGUGGGAGUUUGAGCGGAUGGAAAACUAAGUGGCGAUAUACAGUUUUAUUCCAAAUCGUGAAGGCAUUGAUCUGCAGGCAAGUUACAGUUUAUUACAUGCCGAGGGAUCGCCUUCAACACCUCAGAAACCUCAGAAGAGGACACCCCAUGGUGAGCUUCACUUUCAAAAAAGUAGGUUACCAGCUUUCCUCGCAAGAAAAAGUGCCCAAAUCAUCCUAACUAUUCCGGAAUUUAUAGCCGAAGAAGCGAACCGUACCUUUUCGACCCUUCUUCGAUCGGAGCUUUUCCACAAUGAGAUACCCCAAUCAACCCCUGCGUCUUUAAGUACUCGUAACUCGGCCACUCGGGAGGCUCGAGCUCGCACUCCCCCAACAAGUAAUGGUUCAUCUACGAAGGCUCCGUCAACUCCUUCGAAGAACUUAUUUACAUACAUGUCACCGAAAACUCGAACUCCUCAGACUCGGCAUGGCCCGAAGGUUGAUACCAGGUCUGAGAUAUAUUCUCUAUCUCCCGUGAGGUUCGAUAGCCAACGCAUGCUGUUAUCGCCGCGAAAACAACCGAGAACAGUUAGCAAGGUGCCCUACAAGGUACUCGAUGCGCCCGAACUAGCCGACGAUUUUUACCUGAAUUUAGUAGAUUGGGGAAGCACAAAUAUAUUAGGAGUUGGGCUGGGCAGCUGCGUUUAUAUGUGGAAUUCAGCAUCUGGCAUGGUGACCAAGUUGUGUGAUUUGGGAGCAGAUGAUACUGUCACUAGCGUAUCUUGGAUCCAGAGAGUAAGUAAUUCGGGUUUUUCUCGUCAGUAUUUAGAGAAUUCUAAUAGUUUUUGUCAGGGAUCUCACGUUUCGAUCGGGACGAAUAAAGGGUAUGUCCAAAUCUGGGAUGCUAAAGAAUGCCGUCGCCUGCGCGUGAUGACAGGGCACACUGCACGAGUUGGUAUGUUUCGUCUUUAUACGUUGUUUGGAAUUAUUAUUGACAGCUUGACCAGGAGCUCUUGCUUGGAACGACCACAUUUUGACAUCCGGUUCGAGGGAUCGCACAAUAUAUCAUCGGGACGUGCGAGCACCAGUUCAAUAUGUUGCAAAACUGUCAGGGCACAAGCAGGAAGUUUGCGGUUUGAAGUGGAACUGCGAGGAUGGCCAACUUGCGUCCGGUGGAAAUGACAACAAACUCUUUGUUUGGGACAAACUAAACGAGCAGCCACUGUACAAAUUUACUGAACAUACUGCCGCCGUCAAAGCGAUUGCGUGGUCGCCACAUCAACAUGGAACGCUUGCUUCUGGCGGUGGAACCGCUGAUCGACGCAUAAAAUUCUGGAAUACUCUCACCGGACAGCCAAUCAACGAAAUCGAUACUGGCAGCCAAGUGUGUAACCUUGCCUGGAGCAAAAACUCCAACGAGAUUGUUAGUACCCAUGGGUACUCGGAAAAUCAAAUUGUCGUCUGGAAAUACCCUAGCAUGAGUCAAGUUGUCAGUCUCACAGGUCACACUUAUCGUGUGCUGUACCUGGCCAUGUCACCGGAUGGCCAGGUAAUCGUCACAGGUGCCGGAGACGAAACUCUUAGAUUCUGGAACUGUUUUGCUAAAAACAAAAACGAAGGCCGCAUAAGUGUGGCCCUUGAUCCGUUCCAGCAGAUAAGGUAGACCAGGGAUGGGUUUGCAUUCGGUAACCCCAGAUGAUCGAACAUCUCGGGCUCCGAUUUCCACAGCCUUGGUUAAUUCCCAGACCCGUUUUUGCUCUCACUCAACAGAAAAUCGGGAGCUCUCCGUCUGGAGUUUGCAUAUUGUUCUGAUACACUACCCGCCCUUGGAUAGACAAUUGCCAGAAAUCCUUCUGGUUUAUUUCUCGUUUUUGUUUUGCCUUAUCGAUAAUGUAUCACGAAUCUUCACGGUUGCACACAGGUGUCGGGGUACUCAGGCGUCCGGAAAUCUGUUGGAAAAGGUUUAAAUUUCUAAAGUUGGGGGGAAAAUGUGGUUUCGGGGUCUUUUUUUCCCCUCCUUUACUCUCUUCGAAUCGUUUCUCCCCUCCGGGGUUCUAUAUUUGAUCCCUUCGUCUUACACCUUCUACCAAAUCAAAAUUUCCUUCUAUACCUUUUUUCCAACUACUUGUUAUUUUUGAUUGCUUGGCGAAAAAAGGAGUUUUUUUUUUUAAUCCAUCAUCUGCGUUUUGGGCACGUUUACUUUUCUCCGUUCUUGUAGGAUGAUUUUUUCUUAUUCCCCUUUUGUUUCCCGAUAUCGCUUUUUCAUUUUCUUUCGCUUCUUCAUUUAUAGGUGGGAGGGAGAGGAAUUGGGCACGGUGAAGUUACUAGGACGGUGGUACCGGGAGGUAUGUGUGCGAGGAGAGUAUAGGGAGACAAAUCUAGAGCGCAAAUGUUCAUAUGAUGGUUGUACAUGUGAUAUGUGCCUUCUGAGAGCGGGAGCCUGUUUUUGGAGUUUGGAGGCUAUUAUAUCUCCUAUUAACCAUCACUAAGGAUAUUUGGAAACCACGAUGGACCUCCCAGCACGGUAGCCAUUACGUUUGGACAGCUACAAUAGCUGCCCUUCCUCGCUGGAUUAAUGUAUGGGUCGAAUGCGUCAAUAAUGGU